AUGAGAGAUUACAAGUUGGUUGUGUUGGGUGCCGGAGGUGUUGGUAAGUCAUGUUUGACUGUACAGUUUGUUCAGGGUGUAUACUUGGAUACCUAUGAUCCAACGAUCGAAGAUUCUUAUCGGAAGACCAUUGAAAUUGAUAACAAGAUGAUUAGUCUGGAGAUUUUGGAUACUGCCGGUGUUGCCCAAUUUACAGCGAUGAGAGAGCUGUAUAUCAAAUCAGGUAUGGGAUUUCUGCUCGUGUAUUCCGUUACCGAUCGUCAAUCUUUGCAAGAGCUCAUGGAUCUCAGAGAACAGGUUUUAAGAAUCAAGGACAUGGACCGAGUUCCAAUGGUGUUGGUCGGCAACAAAGCAGACUUGACAGAAGAGAGAGCUAUCAGCGUUGAGGAGGGGAUUGAAGUGAGUAGCAAUUGGGGGAAAGUGCCUUUUUAUGAAACCAGCGCUCUUCUACGGAGCAACGUUGAUGAAGUGUUCAUCGAUCUGGUGAGACAGAUUAUCAGGAACGAAUUAGAGGCCGUCAGCGCACCGGCAACCCCUAAGGCUCAAACUAAGAGCGAAGCACCUGUUCAAGACAGAAGCGCAGGUCAAAGCAAGAAUGUUCCCAGUGCGGCGAAGGCCAAGCAACAGCCAGCAAAAGCCGCUGCGACAAGAAGCAGGAAUCCACCUUCUACUGAGACGAAGAAAAAGUCAAAGAAGAGGGGACCGUGUAGGAUUUUAUAG